AGCUUUCAAAUUUGCAGAAUUCCAUAUAUAUAGGCAAAGGCCAUCUUGGUUAGAAAGCACCUGCAAAACCAGAGUGUGAGAGAAGAAAUUUAAAAAAGAAAAAAAAGAGCCAUGGAGCUUGAAUUUGGUUUCAAGAUACUAAUUUCAGUAGCGGUAAUAGGAUUUUUUGGCUUGGUAGUGCUUCUAUAUGAUGGGUUGGUAGUGAAACCCCAAAGGCUCCGUUCAAAGCUAAAGAAACAAGGUGUAGAUGGACCUAAACCAUCUUUUCUUCUUGGAAAUCUAAGGGAGAUCAGAAAAGCUCAAGCCUCUGUUUUGAAGGUUCAACAAACUCCUAUCAUCCACAACACAGCUGCUCAGAUAUUUCCUUUUUAUGAGCAAUGGAAGAACCAAUAUGGUCAAGUGUUUGUAUUUUCACUGGGGAAUUUACAGAUACUGAAUGUGAACCAACCUGAAAUAGUGAAAGAGAUUACAACAUGCACAUCCAUGGAUUUUGGGAAACCCUCAUAUCAACACAAAGAGAGAGGAGCUUUGCUUGGUCAGGGGAUUUUGACUUCAAAUGGAGCUAUUUGGGCUCAUCAGAGGAAAAUCCUAGCUCCUGAAUUGUACAUGGACAAGGUUAAGGGAAUGGUGAAACUGAUAAAUGAAUCUACAAAAACUAUGAUAAACUCUUGGAAGGAAGAAAUUGAAGCAAAGGGUGGAAUUGCAGACAUCAAAAUUGAUGAGGGAUUGAGAAGCUUCUCUGGAGAUGUUAUCUCAAGAGCUUGUUUUGGAAGCAACUAUACUAAAGGAGAAAAAAUUUUCUUGAAACUCAGAGCUCUUCAAAAGGUCAUGUCCAAGAAAGCUCUAGGAAUUAUUCCUGGCAUGAGAUAUCUGCCCACAAAACAUAAUAGAGAAGCUUGGGCACUAGAGAAAGGAAUACGCAAUUUGAUAAUUGAGGUAGUGACGGAGAGGCAAAAAGCUACAGAUAAGAACAACGACUUGUUGCAAAUGGUUCUUGAAGGUGCCAAAACUAGCAAAUUGAAAGGAGAAGCAAUGAAUAGAUUCAUAGUUGAUAACUGCAAGAACAUAUAUUUAGCUGGGUUUGAGACUACUGCAGUUGCUGCAACUUGGACUCUGAUGUUGUUGGCAGCAAAUCAAGAUUGGCAGGAUCGUGUUCGCGCUGAGGUUCUUGAAAUUUGUGGUGGCGGUAUGCCAGAUUACGAAAUGGUUCGCAAGAUGAAAUUGCUUAACAUGGUUAUCCAUGAAUCACUGAGACUUUAUCCACCAGUCCCAAUUAUAUCAAGAGAGGCUUUCCAAGACAUGAAAUUUGGCAACAUAAAUGCGCCAAAGGGUGUUAAUGUUUGGACAAUGGUAACGCCAUUACAUACAGAUCCUGAAAUAUGGGGAACAGAUUCUUACAAUUUCAACCCACAAAGAUUUGCAAAUGGCAUAGCAGGAGCUUGCAAGUUUCCUUACUCAUACAUGCCAUUUGGUGUAGGUCCUCGUGUUUGCCUCGGACAGAACUUGGCUUUGGUUGAACUUAAGAUUUUGAUUGCUCUCAUUUUGUGCAAUUUUUCUUUCUCCCUUUCUCCUAAAUACAUCCAUUCCCCUGUUAUUAGGCUUGUUAUAGAGCCAGAAAAUGGAGUCAAUCUCUUAAUCAAGAAAUUGUAGACACUUAAUAUUUGAAGAGGGAUGUUUUUUGAACUAAGAAUACUCUGUAGUAAAUUAUAUAUAUAUAUAUGCUUUUU